AUGGAUGCUCAGCGGCGCUCUCCUUCGCCUCAUUCGCCUGGGCCAUUACCUAUCCGUCGUCUCCAAGAGUCCGUCAUCAAUCGUAUAGCUGCAGGAGAAAUCAUACACAGGCCCGCGUCCGCGCUCAAGGAGCUCAUUGAGAACAGCCUCGACGCAGGCUCCACCUCGAUAAGAAUCACUGUCAAAGAUGGAGGGAUGAAACUCUUGCAGAUCCAGGACAAUGGCUGUGGUAUUCGUAAAGAUGACCUCCCGUUAUUGGCGGAACGCUUCACGACCUCGAAGCUGUCGUCGUUCGCGGAUCUGUCCCACCUGACGACGUACGGCUUCCGUGGGGAGGCACUGGCUUCCAUCUCUUAUGUCUCCCACCUUAGCGUUAUCACAAAAACCAAAGCCGACCCUUGCGCGUGGAAAGCACAUUAUGCCGAUGGAUCUCUGACACCGGCAAGGGCGGGAACCACGUUAGAUCCCAAACCGUGCGCCGGCAAUGACGGCACAGCCAUCACCGUAGAAGACCUAUUCCACAACACUCCGACCCGCCUGUCAGCGCUGCGCAGCUCCUCGGAAGAGUACGCCCGCAUUCUCGACGUCGUUACCAAGUACGCCGUACAUAAUCCGCACGUCUCCUUCACAUGUAAAAAGGCAGGAUCGCCUACGCCCGAGGUGUCAACUCCGUCGGGAUCGACGACGAAGCAAGCCAUUCGCCUGCUCUAUGGCCAGACCAUCGCGAAAGACCUGCUGGAUGUUACUGUAUCUUCAUCAUCCGCUGCUGACGCCGCAGAAGAAACCUCUGAUGCCAACGACAAAGAAGAACCGAGUGGGGGCUCUUGGUCCGCCGAAGCGCACUUCACAAAUGCCCACUACCAGGCGAAGAAGACGGUACUCCUGCUCUUUAUCAACCAUCGCCUCGUCGAGUCCUCGCGGAUCAAGAAGGCGGUAGAAGCGGUGUACAAUGGCGUUCUUCCAAAGGGUUCGUCUCCUUUCGUGUACCUGAGCUUACAGAUCGACCCACGGGCGGUUGACGUCAACGUCCACCCAACGAAGCGCGAGGUACACUUCCUGGACGAGGAUGCCAUCAUUGACCGCAUUUCGGAUGCGCUCCAGGGCGCGCUCGUCGGACAGAGUCAAUCGCGCGUGUUCGAGUACCAGACGUUACUGACGGGAGGCGUGGCUGAGCUUCCCAGGGGUAACGGCAAGGGCAAGGGCAAAGCACGGGAGAUGGACAUCGACGAAGAGCAAAGGGAACAGCCAAAGAGCGCAGACGAGGACGAGUCGUACUCCGGUCCAACGCCCACCCAAUUGAAGAAAAAGACUCUGUCCCAACACAAAGUUCGCACCUCAAUGCAAGACCGCACGCUCGACUCGAUGUUUCCCGUCCUCAACCAAUCGCAGCAAGCCAACAGCCCUGCGGCGCCUUCCCCAGUUGCACAGACACCUAAAACUCGCGAGAUCAAGGAGUCGCAGUGCUUCCUCGGAUCGGUCAAGAGGCUACGGCAGGAUCUGUUCAAGGGACAGCACCGCGGCCUCACCGAGAUCAUCGAGAAACACACGUUCGUCGGUAUAGUCGACCUGGACCGCUGUUUGUCGCUUAUUCAGCACUCCACGAAGCUCUACCUCGUCAAUCACGGCGCUCUCGCGGAAGAACUUUUCUACCAGCUCGGGCUCCGCCAAUUUGGCAACUACAGUCGCAUCAGGCUCGACCCCCCACCAGAUCUGCGGACACUUGUAGCACUUGCGGUUGACGUGGAAGAGGGCGUGAAGCACAGUACCCUGAGCAAAUCGGAGAUCGUCGACUGCAUUGUUAAUAUCUUGACUGAGAAGCGCGAGAUGCUCGAGGAGUACUUCUCGUUAUCGAUCAGCGACGAAGGGACGGUUAAGACCUUACCGAUCUUGUUGCGCGACUACACACCCAAUCUUGACAAGCUGCCCCUGUUCUUGAUGCGACUGGCUCCACAGGUGAACUGGACGUCCGAAAUGGAGUGCUUUGAGACAUUCCUCCGAGAGCUGGCGUUUUUCUACGUACCCGAGCCGCUCGUGCCUGAAGCCGACGUGGAGCAAGAGGAGGAGGAAAAGACACAAGAGAAGGCGGUCAAGUGGCAGAUUCAGCACGUUCUCUUCCCUGCCAUGGCGCGCUACCUUGCGCCGCCCAAAUCGUUGUUAGAUCGGGAUGUCGUCCAGGUCGCGAAUUUGCCGGACCUGUAUCGCGUCUUUGAGCGAUGUUAG